GGAAAGCCCUGGACAAGCGUGAUCAGCGUGUGAAGGACACUGAGUCGGCUCGUAAUGACUUUGAGGCCUACAUAUACUCCAGCAGAGAGCGUCUGGGAGGGGACGAUGAGAUGGUGAAUAAGGUCACUACUGAGGACAUGAGGACGGGCAUCAUGAAGACUCUAUCGGAGUCAGAGGACUGGCUUUACGAGGACGGCUUCGAUGCUCAGCUGGAGGAAUACACGAAGCGGUUGGACAGUCUGAAGAAGGCUGUGAUGCCGAUACUCUUCCGUGCUGAUGAGGUCGAGUUACGUGCUGACCUGCCGGAAUGGGUGUCGAGGAAGGUGGAGGGUAUCAGAAAGGUGUUGGAGAAUGUAUCGACUAAUCGUACAUGGGUGGCCAACGAGACGGUUUUGAAGGUCAGCAAUGAUACUGAUGAAUUUGAGGUGUGGUUUAAGGAACUGCAAGAGAAGCAGGAUGCAACAGCACUAACGGAGGAGCCGAUCUUCAAG